AUGGGCUUUACUAAAGCUUUCAAGCUCCUCAUGGGCCUUGCCGCCCUCCCCACCCUCGUCCACAGUCUUGGUCUCACUGUCUCCACCACUGGUGGUAAUGCCUCUAGUCCUCUCCUAUACGGGUUCAUGUUUGAGGAUAUCAACCACUCUGGUGACGGUGGUAUCCACGGACAGCUCCUCCGCAACAACGGUUUCCAAGGCACCACCGCCGACCUCACCGCCUACGCCGCCGUCGGCAGCGUCACCCUCGCCGUCGACACCGCCCACCCUCUCUCCUCGGCCCUCCCCAAAGUCCUGCGCAUCGACGUGCCCUCCGGCACCACCGGCCAAGUUGGCUUUUCCAAUGCCGGUUACUGGGGUAUCCCCGUCAAGAAAGACACAUACGCAUGCUACUUCUGGGUCGAGGGCGCCUACACUGGAGACGUGACGGUGAAGCUACAGUCUGUGGCAACGGGAACGGUGUUCGGGAGUAAAGCUGUUGCGGUCACGAGCGUUGCUGGCACAUGGAAAUACUACGAGACGACUUUCACGGCGAGUGCGGCGCCGGAUGGUGAUAAUGUCUUUGUGGCUACGGUUGAUGCAGCGAAGGUGUCAGGGAGUAUCUACUUUAACCUGUUCCAGCUCUUCCCUGUCACAUAUCACCAGAGAUACAACGGGCUCAAGCCCGAUAUUGCGGGGGCGUUGGAGAAUGUGAAGGGGUCUUUCUUGAGAUUUCCCGGUGGUAACAAUCUCGAAGGUGCAACUCUCGCUAGAAGAUGGAAGUGGAACGAGACGAUUGGACCCGUCCACACCAGACCUGGCCGUCAAGGCGAUUGGACCUAUGCCAAUACUGAUGCUCUCGGCCUCCUCGAGUACCUCUACUGGUGCGAAGACAUGAAGCUCGUCCCCGUCCUCGGUGUCUGGGCCGGUCUCACUCUCGGCGGCGGCGUUACCACCGGUACUGCCCUUACUCCCUACAUCGACGACGUUCUCAAGGAAAUCGAGUACAUCACCGGCUCCACCAGCACCACCUACGGCGCUCUUCGCGCCAGCCACGGCCGCACCGAGCCCUUCGCACUAACACACGUCGAGAUCGGCAACGAAGACUUCCUUCAAGGCGGUCUCGCCAGCUACGCCGCCCGCUUCACCGCCUUCCACGAUGCCAUCAAGGCAAAGUACCCCGAUAUCAUCAUCAUCGCCAGCACCGACCAGGGCCUGCCAAGCCCCAAGCCCGCCGGCAUGUGGAUCGACAUCCACUACUAUCUACGCCCCGACCAGUUCGUCGCCCUCUUCAACACAUACGACAACUACGACCGCAACUACGGCAUCUUUGUCGGCGAGUACGCCUGCACAAAGUCAAAUACCGGCGCCACAAAUUGGUGGGCAACACUCAUCGGCGCCGUGUCCGAGGCCGUGUUUAUGAUUGGUAUGGAGCGCAACAGUGAUGUGGUCAAGAUGGCGGCCUAUGCACCGCUGAUGCAGCAUUUCAACUCCACGCAGUGGGCGCCUGAUCUCAUUGGAUACACAUCCGACCCCAGUUUCCUCACCCUCUCCACCAGCUACUACGUUCAACAGAUGUUUUCCGUCAACCGCGGAACCACGAUCCUGCCCGUCACCUCAGACACCGGCUUUGGACCUGCCUACUGGGUCGCGUCCAAGAACGACAAUACCGGAAUCUACUACGUCAAGCUGGCCAACUACGGAGCCACCGCGGUCUCUACGACCAUCACGAUCCCGGGCACGACGUCAGGAUCGGUCACGACGUUGACGGGGCCGGCAUCCGACUCGAUUAAUCUGCCAAAGAACGCGCUUGUGGUGCCGGUUACAACGGCGAUUACGGGCAGCGCGGGUCAGUUUACGAUCUCCUUGCCGGCUUGGUCGGUGGUUGUUGUUGCGGUAAAAUAA